AUGUCACCUCAAACAGUAUUGAUGCCACAGUUCAAGCCGCAGGCACAUCCCAGAGAAGUCAUUUUCAUGAGCCUUCCGAGUGCUAUAAAUUCAAAUAUCGGCACAGUGCGGAAAAUUGCCGAUGGUGCAGACGAAGUUAUUCGUGGUCUACGAGCUCUUAAUUGCGAAGAGAGGGAUCCCUGGCUAAUUUUCAUUUUACUUUCAAAAUUAGAUAGCGAUACCCGCCAAGCCUGGGCUCAGUGCGCAGAAUCCGAGGAAAAAGGUGUGACCAUCAACCGAUUCUUGAAAUUUCUCACAUCACGCUGCGAUACGUUGGAGGCUUUUGAAUUAACUCGAUCAACCCAAGCUCGACGCGCAGCUACCACGCACCACGCAGACACGCAUCCAAGACGGGAAGAGCCGAAGUGCACAUCGUGCCAGCAGAAUCACCAACUGUUUAAGUGUCCUCAAUUCAUCGCACUCGACAUUGCAUCUCGCCGAGACUUCCUCAAAUCAAGAAAGCUCUGUUUCAAUUGCCUCAGCCCGGCUCAUAUGGUGGGCAACUGUACAUCGAGGCAUACUUGUCGGAUCUGCCGCCGCAAGCAUCAUACUUUGGUUCAUGGCUCGUCGCAGCCAAUUCAAAAUGGCAACAACAUUGGCACAGCAAGUGUUGACAGCCGCGAUCGACCAGCAGUCUCACAUGCGGGAUCUACAAUUGGCCACAAUCAACCGCUAGCUCGAGAAGGUCAUCGCUUGGGAAGCGAGACUCCCGCGGAAAACAACUUUACGCAUCAUACUCUGGAGAAUAUUCCGGCGGCUGGUUCUCAGACUCUGUUGCCAACCAUCCUUGCUGACGUCAUCGACGCCUGGGGAAACACUACAACCUGCAGGCUGCUCCUGGACACUGGAUCUACAAUAACCUUGGCAUCGGAAUCAUUUGUUCAGCGAAUAGGCGUGCGUCGAACGCACGCACGGAUUUCUAUUCUCGGUCUCGCCGCCAACAGCGCGGGCGUUACCCGAGGACGCGCACAUAUCAAGCUGCGCUCUCGUCAUUCGGGCCAAACUGUCGAAUUGGUCUCGUUCAUUCUCACCUCGCUGACGUCAUCACUUCCUGCCCAAGUUAUUGACACCUCAUCCUCUACGUGGAGGCAAAUCUGCGAGCUUCCUUUGGCAGACCCAACGUUCUGCACACCUGGAGCAAUCGAUGUCAUUGUUGGAUCGGAUCAACUUUGGUCUCUAUACACAGGAGAUCGGAAACACUUUGGCUCUUACUCUGCAUUCGAUGAUCACCCUACUUCUGCGGUUACUCAUCACGCGGACCUAGACACGAUGGUUCGUUCAUUCAUGGAGAUGGACAGCAUUCAGCCUAACCAGGCUCUCCUGGACGCCAGCGAUCCCACAGAGCGUCAUUUUGCUGCCACACACAAGCGCUCGACGGACGGGGUGUACGUCGUCGAGUAUCCCUUCAAGGAAAAGGCACCGCCUAUUGAUUCGACCUUGCCACAGGCCAUCAAUCGCUUCUUCUCGCUGGAACGCAAAUUUCGUCGGUAUCCAGAAUUGAAGCAGCAGUACGAAGCUUUCCUGGACGACUACUUGCAACGUGGACAUAUGGAACAACUGACCUCGGCUCAGGUUGAGGAGUCCCCAGACACCUGCUUCUAUUUGCCGCACCACGCUGUCAUCAAACUGGACAGUCUGACUACCAAAUGUCGUGUAGUUUUUGAUGGAUCAGGAAAGGACAGCUCUGGAGUAUCGCUCAAUGACAGACUACAUAUUGGUCCACCGAUUCAACGCGAUCUUUUUGGCGUUUGUCUACGCUUCCGGCAGCACCAAUAUGUUUUAUGCGCAGAUGUCGAAAAGAUGUUUCGAGGCAUUAAAGUCUUUAAGCCAUUUCUCCGACGAAAAGAGAACUCUUGUCUCAGCUAUCAAGAAUUUAUGAUCCGCUUGGACUGGUAG